GGCGCUCUUGCGUUAGAUGGAGAGAAAAGGCUAUUCGCCAAACUCUUCGGCAAUUACAGCCGGCGCAGUCGGCCGGUGAAGAAUGUGUCGGAGCCUGUCAUCGUGCAUUUUGAGGUGUCGCUGUCUCAGCUCAUCAAAGUGGAUGAAGUCAAUCAAAUUAUGGAGACCAAUCUCUGGCUGAAACAUAUAUGGAAUGAUUACAGGUUAACGUGGGACCCUGCAGAAUACGAAGGAGUCCGCUUUAUUAGAGUUCCUUCGGACAGAAUCUGGAAGCCAGAUAUCAUUCUGUACAACAAUGCAGUUGCGGAUUUCCAAGUGGAGGAAAAGACCAAGGUGCUGCUGUUGUCCAAUGGUACAGUGACCUGGGUCCCACCAGCCAUAUUCAAGAGCUCCUGCAAGAUGGACGUCACCUACUUCCCAUUCGAUUACCAGAACUGCAGCAUGAAGUUUGGCUCCUGGACCCAUGACAAAGCCAAAAUUGACCUGGCCCUGAUUGGCAGCGAGAUGAACCAGAAGGACUUCUGGGAAAGCGGCGAGUGGGCGAUCAUCGCUGCCCCUGGGUACAAGCACGACAUCAAGUAUAACUGCUGUGAGGAGAUCUAUGUGGACAUAACCUACUCCAUUUACAUUAGACGGAUGCCUCUAUUCCACACCAUCAACAUGAUCAUUCCGUGUCUAAUGAUUUCUUUUCUGACUGUCCUGGUUUUCUGGCUACCCUCCGACUGCGGUGAGAAGAUAACCCUAUCGGUUUCAGUUCUGCUUUCACUCACUGUGUUUCUCCUCGGCAUCACGGAGAGUGUUCCAUCCACCUCCUUGGUGAUCCCUCUCAUUGAGGAAUACCUUCUUUUCAUUAUGAUCUUUGUGGUGCUCUCUAUCAUCAUAACUGUCUUUGUCCUCAACGUCCACUACAGAAGCCCCUCUACUCACACCAUGCCAAGCUGGGUGAAGACCUUCUUUCUGAGGGCCCUGCCACGCCUCCUGUUCAUGACAAGGCCGGGAGAAGAGGCUGGAGCUCAGGAAGCCCCAACGCCCCUCAGUCCGCCUGAAUGCACCGAUGAGCUCUCCAACUUCAGUGGCACGUCAGAAGCCUGCAGCCAGGGCCUGCGAUGCACCUGCUGCGGGGGCUGCAGGCUGGGAUCCUUGGACACGGGGAUCUAUCUAACACGAAGCACCAGUGUAGAGACCCCGGAGGCUUCGUUCACAACCCCUAGCCCUGGUCCUGAAGUUCAAGAAGCUGUUAAAAGCAUCACACGCAUUGUGGAACGGAUGAAGCAACAGAAUGAAGACAAGGAGAUAGAAGAUGACUGGAAGUACGUUGCCUUGGUGAUCGAUCGGAUCUUCCUCUGGAUCUUCAUUCUGAUGUGCAUCUUGGGGUCGACUGGCUCAUUCCUGCAGCCACUGAUGUCUGCGAAUGAGACCUGAGCAGAGUCAGGGACUGUGUCGUAAACACAGAUGCUCCUUUUAAGACUGGGUAAAACACUAGAAGACCCUGUGCAUUAAGAAGUUUGGAGAGGGAGGGUCGGGGGCACAGAAAACGGAAGAGCUACAACUUUUCUGGAGAAAAUGUAUAUUUCUGCAAACUAUCUGUCAUCUUUUCUGCUUCACUUACUGACGCACGUGCCGUGUAAGCUUUGUUCUGAUGUUAAAGGCCCAUGGAUAUAGAUGCAUGUAAAUAUGUCGUCAAAUUUGACUUCAGAAUCCAAGAAACCGAUUGCUAGGAAGACCAAAUUCAAUCAAGUUUCUCAGGUUGGCCAAGUGAUAGGGAAAUUGAGGAGUAAUGGAAAGGAGAGUGUGGAAUAUAGAAUUGUGAGUUAUUUUCUUCAAGCAUAUUUAUUGUGAAAUGAGAGAAAUAAAAUGAAACAGUCGAAAUUUGAAGCAAAGGAUAAAAGUCUAGAUACUGACC